UCCUGUUUUUUUCCCAAUAAAGUGAAACAUUAACCAGAUAAGCCUGCUAGAGUGGACAGAGAGCUUACAGUAAGAAGUACUAGGCAUAGACAAAGACAGAGAAAUGGUGCAGUUGUUGUGGACUUCAUUAGUGUUGCUGAUGACAGUAAGGGAAUCAGUAUCACAGGAGGUGAACUGUUACAGCAGCUUUGAUUCUGGAAAUUGUGACGAUCUCUGGCUACUGGGAGAAGUGACAAUGGAUGACUGUUGUCUUAACCCUCACUACGGAUACAUUGGAGCAGACAGAAAAUGCAAGUCUUGUGGGCCACCUUCAUGGUCUGAAUGGACUGCUUGGGGCCGCUGCUCUGUCUCCUGUAAGGAGGGAGUUUCGCAGAGACGACGAGAAUGCCAGGGACAGGGAAAAUGUGCUCAGACGACUACCCAUAGAGAGAUUCAGAAACUCGCGUUAGAGACCAAAGUCUGCAUUGAUUCAAGCUGUUGUCCAGAACAAGGCCAAUGGAGUAAGUGGGGUCAGUGGCAGCCCUGCUCAGUGACUUGUAAUAAGGGCGUAAGAAAAAGAGUGAGGACAUGCACCGAACCACAACCUAGAUGUGGAGGCAGCUGUGACGGUCCAAGUGAAGAAAAGGAACCCUGCGUGGUUGAUCUCAUCUGUCCAACUCAUGGUGGUUGGUCUAACUGGGAUGCCUGGCAGCCAUGCUCGGGCACUUGUGGGGGGGAGAAUUUACCCAGACCUACACAGCGGCGCAACAGAUCAUGCAACAACCCACCACCGUCCUCAGUGCCCCCUGGUGACGAAUGCCCUGGGUUAGGGAGCAACACUAGGACCUGUGAUGAGCUUCCUUUCUGCCCUUCGAAUGGUAACUGGGGGCUGUGGGGCCCCCCCAGCUCCUGCUCCGUUACCUGUGGGGUGGGGAUUCAUGAAAUGCUCAGACAGUGUAACAACCCAGCCCCUAAACAUGGAGGUCUGCCCUGCUUUGGAUCCAAUAAAGACCAAAAAAUCUGCAAUACCAAAAACCAUUGCCCAGUGGAUGGUCAGUGGUCGCAGUGGGGGAGAUGGGAAGAAUGUAAAUCUAAUAGAGGAAAAAUUAGUUGUCGAAAAAUUGGUGGACAGCAAAGACGGCAAAGAUGGUGUGAACACACAGGUUUUGAUGGGGAGACGUGUGAAGGAAAGAUAACAGACUACAGGGCCUGCUAUGACAUUAACUUAUGUCACUUUGAUGGUAAGUGGAGUGAAUGGAGUGAGUGGAGUCAGUGUGAUCCCCCCUGUGGAGAAGGAGCCAAAAGGACCAGAGAACGAAAGUGCAUACCUGAUCUGUCCGCAUAUGAUGAGACAGUAGGGUUUCAUAUUAAGGUUAAAGCCUACUUUGAUGGGAAACCAUUUGCGAACUGUACACUGUUGAAGGACCCAAAACAAAGUCUGGCCUGUAUGAAUGUUCCUCCAUGUGACACAUAGAGUUUUCCACGAAUCUUUUGACUGCUUUGAGGAGGACUUAAGACAACUCAAUGUUCAACAACCAUCAAACCACAAGUCUGGAGGGGAAUACACAUUGUCAAUUUCUAGCAAUGUGAUUUCACUGCCUUUGGUCAUGUGUCUGUGCAGCAUUCAUGAACCAUCAGUAACACAAAGUAGUUUAUUAUGACUACACUUUUCAUAAUAGUGUAAUUUCCUGAAGAAAUAAAAACAUUGUUCACUUCCUUUCAGCUUA